UAAGACAAUAAGAAAAUAGUAAACCAAAUCCCAAACAUUGGUGUUGGACCAUUGGCCGCCGGGUAGUCUAUCGACAGGCAGAGAGAAAAACCCUGGUAAAACCCAGAAUGCACACAACGGUCGCCACUAACACCAAGCAAUGAAGCGAGUUUGGAAGCUAUCAGACGCCGCCCAAUCAGAGCUUCUCUGCCGCCACAGAUGCUCUUCCAAAACCAAAACCCUACCUCCUUACAAUCUCACCCUCACCAACUCCCCUAAUUACAGAUUCACCCGCGAUGUCAAUGCCCAGAACCAUUCAUCUUCCUCUCCAUCUUCAUCUUCCCCCACCUCCUUCCCAAGCAUCAUCGGUUUGUUCAUCGACAAGCCCUCGCCCCAAGACCUGAGGGCCAGAGAGGAUCUGGUGCACAAGGUCACGCAGUUGAGGGACGAACUGGUUCAGAAUAUUGGGGACUCUGACGAGUUUGUUAGAGUUUUGGAAGAGAAGGGCUCUUCUUUCUUUUCGAGCUAUGGGAAUGGAUACGCUGUCGUUGAGCUUAUGAACCAGUUACGUUCGUGGCCCCAUUUAGCCGUGGAGGUUUUUUAUUGGAGAAGAAAGCAGGUGGCUGGUGGCACUCCUAUGACGCCGGAGGAGUAUGCCAAGGCUAUUACAUUGGCAGGUAAAACCAAGAAUGUUGAACUUGCUGUUGAGUUAUUUACCGAGGCUCUAAACAAGCGAAUCAAGACGACUUCUAUUUAUAAUGCACUGAUGAGUGCUUAUAUGUUCAAUGGUCUUGCUGCUAAAUGUCAGUCUUUGUUUCGGGACCUCAAGAGGGAACCAGAUUGCAGUCCCACUAUUGUAACAUACAAUAUUCUUAUUUCCGUCUUUGGUCGGUUGAUGCUGGUUGAUCAUAUGGAGGCAACUCUCCAGGGCUUAAAUGAUUUAAAUCUCUCGCCUAAUUUAAGCACAUACAACAAUUUGAUUGCCGGAUAUAUUACAGCUUGGAUGUGGGAUAGUAUGGAAGAAACUUUCCAAAAUAUGAAGGUGGGCCCUGUUAGUCCUGAUACUAGCACCCACUUGCUAAUGCUUCGAGGGUAUGCUCAUGCAGGUAAUUUGGUAAAGAUGGAGGAGACAUAUGAAUUGGUAAAACAUCACGUGAAUGACAAGGAAAUCCCAUUGAUAAGAGCUAUGAUAUGUGCUUAUUGCAAGAGUUCUGCCACAGACAGAGUGAAAAAGAUUCACUCGCUAAUGAAACUUAUUCCAGAAAAUGAAUACAGACCUUGGUUGAAUGUGUUGCUGAUUAGGGUUUAUGCUCAAGAGGAUUGGUUUGAGGCAAUGGAGAAGUCAAUAGAUGAGGCAUUUGAGCACAAAAUCUCCGUAACUACUACAGGUGUGAUGCGAUCUAUAAUUUCAAGUUACUUCCGAUGCAAUGAAGUGGACAGACUUGAAAAUUUUGUGAAGCGUGCGGAAUGUGCAAGGUGGAGAACUUUCAGGUCCCUGUAUCAUUGUAAGAUGGUCAUGUAUGCAUCACAAAAGCGCUUAGAAGAAAUGGAGAGUGUGCUUAAUGAGAUGGAGAAUUUUAACCUGGGCUGUACCAAAAGAACAUUUUGGAUAUUGUACAAAGCCUACUCAAGGUGUGGUCAAAGAUAUAAGGUUGCGAAAAUAAUAGGAUUAAUGUGGAAGCAUGGAUAUGACGUUCCUUUGGAUGAAUUGCUGUCAUGAUUCUUCCUUCCACUUUGGUAGAGCAUAUUGGAUGACAGCAAUUGCAUAAAGCAUUCAGCCAGUCAUUGUGAAUGGUUCAUUACAUCCAUAAGGCGCAACAGAGAUUCCACAUUAUUCACAGAAUCUGUACAUUAUUUCAUUGACCAAGUGUACCAAACCGCCGAAUGCCUAUGGAAAUCCAAAUAAGUUCCACCAAGACAUCAUAGAUUCAAAGAGGCGCCGCCGUCUGUCUUCCUGCAGAAAGUCCCAGCAUUUGUGAUUGAAUCUGCCAAUUAUUAUAGAAAUUACAUUGACAAAGAAGAGAUAGUUCUUGACGUAUUUGAAGGC